AUGGAAGGCUCCGCCCGACUCCGCGCGGGGCCCGCAGCUCCAGCUUCAGUCUCAAUUGCCGCGUCGCAGUCUUCGCUUCUGCCCCAUCACUCCAGACCCGUCUCUAGAGGAUCCAGCCGCUGGCCGCGUCUGCUGCUCCUCUGCGGCGUGGUCUACGUCCUGGGCCUCGUGCUCUUCAUCGCGUACAGCCGACCCACUGCUCAUUCCAAUGAUCCGCCACCAGAGCAGGAGCCCGAGUCCUUCCAGUCUUCCUCCAGCUCCCAAUCAGACGCCGCCGCGAUUGAGCGGGCGGAGGAGCACGCACGCAACGUCAAGAUGCUCCCACAGGGCGGAGACAAGCGCCGCGAGCUGCGCUGCGUCGGCUGGAGAGCCACCGACGGCUGCAGUCCGCACGGCCCGAGACUGCCGCAUCUGGACAAGCCGUGCCACAUGAUGGUGUCGCCCGCGCAGUCAGGGUACUGCGAAGUGGAGGACCGGAAGACCAAGGAGAGGUUCCGCGUCAUGCGACGAUACUGCAAAAGCGUCCGACAGGAAGGACAGUUUCGGUGUUUUGACGCGCAGGAUUUCGUCAAUUUCCCCUUAGAAGCGAAGCAGGCGGUUAGUAAGGCGUUGGUGCCGGGUUUUAAGCUGCCUCACAUGGAAGCUGAUAGAGAGGGGACCAAGGGGAUGGUCAUGGUGGUGUAUCCGAAGAUGGUUCCGAGCGCCUACGCGUCGAUUAGAGCGUUGAAGGAGAUCUUGAAGUGUCAGCUGUCGAUCGAGCUGUGGUACCGCAAGAAGGAGAUGGAGGGGGUACCGGGGUCGAUGGUGCCACUGCAGCAGCUUGCUCAGGUGAGUAGGGGGAUUUCGUUCCACGAGAUUGACGACAAGAAGGCGACGGGGUUUGGCGCCAAGGUGUUUGCGAUUUAUCACAGUUUCUUCGACAAGGUCUUGUUCCUGGACUCGGAUAACGUUCCGGUGAGGGAUCCGAGCUUUUUGUUCGACACGAAGGAGUUUGCCGAGACGGGGGCCGUCUUCUGGCCGGACUUUUGGCACCCGAGAAACACCAUUUUCAACAUCCACGGCCAGUCGUUGCUCUGGGAGCUGCUGGACCAGCGGUUUGUGAAUAUGUUCGAACAGGAGAGUGGGCAGCUGGUGAUAGAUCGACGACGCCACGCUGUGCCACUGGAGCUGGUGAAAUUCUACACUUUUCACUCGCCAAAUUUCUUCAAAACCUUCAAGUUGGUGCACGGCGACAAGGACCUUUUCCGAUUGGCGUGGCUUAAGCUCAAGUCGCCGUUUCACAUGGUCGAUGUGCCACCUGCCGUCGCUGGUAAGGCAUUUAACCACUCGUUCUGCGGCAUGACCAUGGUUCAGCAUGAUGCCAACGGCGAAGUGCUCUUUCUGCACCGUAACACUCGUAAACUCGUCGGUGAGCCCAAGCUGCAGCACGUGAAGCUUGAGGCGGUUGCUGCUCUCCGUGCGAAAGAAAAGUUGCAAUUGACGCACCCUGGCGGGCGUACAAAACCUACGCAGCAAGAGAUCGAAGAGGAGAUACGAAAUGGUGUCACGACGCCCUCGCCAACUCUAGACGCGCCUGAAGCUGAUGGCUACCCCGAUGCUAUCUACUGGACGCACUUGCUCUCGUUCCGAAACACUUCCAGAAGGAUACACUACAAGAUUGACGUGCAUCCUACCCUCGAUGGAUUCACGAAAGGCCAGACCUGUUACGGUGUGGCUGACAUGCUGGAAAGGAACGACCACUUUUACUUCCAAGCAUUUGAGAACUUGAGUUUUGGAGGACUGGAGACGCAGCUACGGCGGUUUGCGAUGGAGGCUGCUCUGUUAGUUCGUGCCCAUGCGAACGACACAGAACCUGCGGUGACACGAGACACUAGUGACUAA